AUGCAUCUCUGCUAUGCAUCUACUGCACGAACCCUUGUGCGUUGCACACGGCACUUGCCUGUCAAUCUACCGACAUUGCGUUCCAUCUCAACUGAAGUUCUCAGACGGCAUAGAGGUCCACAGCCGCAUCUGCGCACAGAGAAACCUCCAUCUACUGCUCGUUUCGACGACACAUUUCUACUGUCAGAACAAGUGCUCAGACUUCUUAAUCGUGGACAAGAAGAAGAUGCUACAAGACUGCUAUCCAAGAAUACCAGGCUUGAGGCGACAGUGUCGUGGAAUUAUUUGUUGAGUCAUCACUUUCGCAAGGGAGCAGUCAAUCAAGCCAUGCACGUCUUUAAUGAUAUGAAGCGCAAUAGAGCGUUUCCCAAUGAACUUACUUACACCACUAUGCUCUUGGGUUUUGCAGAUAACUUCGAAAGUGGCGGGCGCGACAAAGUCCGGCCAAUGCUCGAAAGCUUGGUCAACGAUCCUCGGGUGAAACCGAAUGUCAUUCACCUGAAUGCUGCCCUCAAGUCUGCCACAAUGAGCAAAGACUUGACCGCUGCAGCUGAUUACAUGAACAUGAUGCAGGACAGUGGUGUCUCCAAUUUCGAUUCUCGGACCUACACGACCCUCUUUCUAAUUUACCUGCGCUUGCUAGAAGACCUCGACAAGCGGAGCACUGUGUCUGUACGCCGUUUCCGAGCAGACGACCGUGAAGAGAAAGAAAAAGGCAGAGACACCAAUCAAGCUGCAACGAAGCAAGCAUCGCGCCUGCUCGCUGAAGUCAAGACAAUCUGGCAAGAUGUGCUCAGUCUAGCGCGUCGCAAAAAGCUCGAGAUUGAUGACCAGCUGCUCUCUCGAUACUGCUAUAUCCUCGCGCGUGGCGACAAGGCAGACUCGGUGACUGUCGUUGAGCUGAUUUCUCACUAUUGCGAAAUACCAUCGCCCCUUCCUGGCCAGAAGACAGCAGGCAAAUUUCCAAAGCCAGACCUCAAAAUGCCCCUUGAGCUGAACCUCCUGACACCAUACUGGAAAGCGAUCUGUCAACUGAACGACAUUGACAAUGUCAGACAUUGCUGGCAAUCCAUCACUCAAGCAGUGCCGCGGCAAAGUCUGACUCGAGCAUGUUAUGAUGUGAUUUUCACCCAUCUCUACGGCUACAGUGAUCGCAAUUUUGUCAUGUCUAUCGUCGACCAAAUGGCAGAGAAUAAGGUCCAAUUUACUGAUCGGACUAUGUGGCUUGCUGCGAGAGCUUGUAGCUACUAUACCAGCAAGGAACAGGCAAGAGUAACGCUCAAAUUUUAUCGCGAUAUGGCAGACAGGUUUGGACGGGAAGCUGUCAUCUCCGGGGUCAACGUCAUGACAAUGAUUGAGAUGCUUGGCAAGACUGAUCCACGUGGAGGUCGUUCUAGGGAGUAUGAGCAAGUCGAUGGUGUUUUGCGCAUCAUUGACGGGUGGGACUGGGUCGACAAUGCUCGAAUGAUGCUCGAGCAUCGUAAGCAGGACUUGUGCGGUAAGUUGGAGCAACGCCGUGACGAACUCUUCAAAAUCACCAAGAAGUUGCACCGUCGGAUCCGCGAUCAGGACAAGGAGGCGGCCUUUAUGCGCAACAGAGCACAGGCUGUUAUGGACCAGCUUGAAGAGGCCAAGGCAAAGUGGCCGACAGAGGCUGCUUUGGGUCGAACAACCAUCCCAAGAGACUUCGAUGGCAGGGACAAGUAUGGGAACAGGUUGCGGAGAUAA